AAUUACUUCCUCCGGUCAGAGGACACCAACAUGGCCGCCGUCUUCCGUCUAUAACAUUUCUGUCUCAAUGUUAACUCUCAAAUCCUUGUGAAUUACCGCCGUCACGCGUUGAGCUUACUCACAGCUCUGCCCCCCCCCGCGCGGCCACGUUUUGACGCCGUCAUGUUGCAGGCAGUUGGCGGGAGGAGCGUCCAGGCGACCCGGCUCUUGGCCGGCAGGAGGGCCGUGCUCGUCGAGGCGGUGCGGGGGAGAAAGUCCCGCACCGACACGGUGGCCAAGUCCAAACAAGGGCGCAUCAAGGUGCCCCCCCCGGUCGACCCGACGGAGAUGGUCGUCCUGAAGGAGAGGUACGCGGAGUACGAGAUGAUCACCAGGGCGCUGCGUCUGGAGUUUAAGGAAGAAGUGCUUCGGAAGAAGUACGAGGAGGAGACGGGCUCCAUGGCGGAGGAGAGGUCGAGGCAGGAGGCGGAGGAGCAUCGCGCCCUCAUGGCCUUCAACGACCAGGAGAACCUCCGCUUGCUCCAACGACGGGUGUUGAGGAUCCAGAUGGAAAAGGAGGAAGCUGAGCGCAAGCAGGUGGAAGCUGUCCUUCAGCGAGAAGAACAGCAGCAGGAAUUCAUCAAAGAGAAGGAGAGGGAGAUCCUGAAGUUACAGGAGGAAGCAAAGAACUUCAUCACUUUGGAGAACCUGGAUCAGCGUAUCGAGGAAGCUCUGGACAGUCCGAAGAAUUACAACUUUGCCAUCGACAAAGAGGGGCGCGUUGUUAAACAGACGAUGCUGCAGUGAAGCCGCAGAGCGACCUCUGACCUUUACACCAUUCAGGACUGUGAGCCCAGUUCAGUGUUCAGUCCACCCGGUUUGCUUCAACUAAACGCAGAAAAACCUUCAGCGACAGAUGAGCAUUGUACCGACAUGCAAGAUCAUUAGUACAUUAAACUGAGUUUUGUGGAUGAAAAGCUUAUUUUCACACAUUUGUGCUUUAUAUUGUUUUACUUGAGUGCUGUAUUGUCAAAGUAAAAACAUGUUGUUUUGA